GGCCCGUAUCACGAAGACUUUAGGGGAUAUAUGCUCUCAGUUACCACCCCUUGAGUUGUGAAGAGCCGGUAUUUAAGUCCUAUGUCCGGCAUAGCUCAGUUCAGCUCAGCCUAGAAAUGCCCGGCCUUGUGGUAAGGUUUGCUCAUAGCUCGAACUCUGAGCUUGAACCCGCACAAGCGCGCCCGCUCGGCCAGGCCUUCUACAGCACUAUGUUCAAAAAUACAUUGAAACUGCGGCUCCCCGGCCUUUUCACACCGGAGUAAAGGCCCCUGCAAUGGUAUAAAACUGAUUGAUGCGGGUCGUGUAUACGACAGCUAUGGCAGAACGACCCCAGAUUGAGAUAUCCCCCGCCCCCAGAUAUCGCGCAACACUCGUAAUGAAGGCCGUCACUCCCGCAUCCCUUUUCUUGAGCACCCUCAUCAUUUUCUGGAGCACAGUUCUUCCCAAUCCCGAUUAUUUUGACCAUCCUUUUUGGAUUAUCACAAGUGCCGUCUUCCUUACAUACACUCAUCACUUCGCGGUCCUUUACCUCGAAUCUAAAUAUCAGCAUAUACCGAAGAAAUCUCCAGUGGUGUCCACCUUAUGGUGCAUCAUAACCUUGUUGCUCAUCGGGACGUUAUGGCUGGUCGCCGUCGCAUUCUUGCUCUUCGGAUUGACAUACAUCGAGCGACUGAUGUUCGUGCCCUAUGCCAUAUUGUUGCUUUCGACACUCGUCGAAGCGGGGCUCAUCGUCUUCUUGGGACGUACAUGUAUUUCGGAGAGAAAGCAUGCCGAAUGGGAGUAUGAAGGACUUGAGAUGUCUACAUCCAACGAACUCUGGUUGACCAUGGCGAAGUGAAACCCACCUGUGAUAUUAUGAUUAGACGAAAAUUCUAUGACGAC